AUGAAGAGCAUCGCUCCUAACUUUAUAGAGAAGGCAACCCAAAGUUUAGUGGAAUUGGUGAAAAAUGAAGCUCAAUAUUUAUGUUGCUUCAAUAGUUAUGUUCAAGAAUAUGAGCAUGCAAAGGAAAGAUUGAAUGCAAAACUUGAAGAUCUAAGGAGAAUAAUUGAUCAAGCAAGAGGUGUUUCUCAUAUCACAUUUGUUGCCCUACAAUGGACACGUGAAGCUGAAGAACUCAUUGAUGUUGACAUUAAGAAAGAGAAAUGCCUUCAUGACUUGUGUCUUAAUUGCUGGCAUCAAUAUCAGAAAGGCAAAGACUUGGUGAAGCGGACUCUAGAUAUUGACAAACUUCUAGAGAGAUGUAACUCUGACAUAGUAGCAAGUCCAAUUGAUCUUCCAGGUAUAAAAUACCAUUGCUUACCAAAUUUCUUACAUUUUGAGAGCAGAAAGUCAACAUUUGAAGAACUUAAAAAGGCACUAGAAGAUGAAGAAAACAAUAUGAUUGGACUGGAAGGCUUAGGGGGAACAGGCAAAACCUCAAUGGCAAAGGAAGUGGGUGUUGAAUUAGAAGGAUCCACGUUCGGAAAAGUCAUCUUUCUUGUUGUCUCUAAGCUUCCAGAUUUCAAAAAGCUUCGAGGUGAAAUUGCUAGGAAUUUGGAUUUGAAAUUAGAGAAUGGAAUGGAAGAAGUACCCCAUCACAAAAUAUUGGCCAAAAUCAAAGCAUUAAAAGAAAAACUUCUUAUAGUACUAGAUGAUGUGUGGAUGGAGUUUGAUCCCACAAAAGAGUUGGGGAUUCCUCCUCCCCACCUGCAGAAGGGUUGUACUAUAUUGAUAACCACCCGGAUUGAAGAGAUUUGUACAAAGAUGGAUUGCCAAAGAAACAUUCAUCUAGAUGCAUUGACCGAUAAGGACGCAUUGUCUCUUUUCCUCAAGCAUACUAGUAGUUCCUCUAAUUUGGAGAGUUUGCCACUUAUUGUGGAGCACUGCCAUGGAGUACCAGUUGUAAUUGUUGCUGUAGCAAGAUCAUUAAAAGGUCGACCUUCUAGAGUUUGGAAGGAAGCCUUGAGGAACUUGCAAAGCGGUGAGCCAAUAUUUAAGGUUCGUGAUGAUGAUUUAAAAGGGGUCUAUGAAGGUUUGAAGUUGAGCUAUGAUAAUUUGAAAAAUGAAAAAGCCAAAAAGCUCUUGUUGAUAUCUUCCCUAUUCCCUGAAGAUUUUAAGAUUCCUAUUGAGUUUUUAAUCAAAAUUGGUGUAGGAAUGGACCAUUUUGGGGAAGUUGAUAACUACAAUGAAAGAAGAAGAAAAGUACUUGAUGCUAUAGCGGAACUCCUAGGUUCUUCUUUAUUAUUGGAUGCGGGGAGGGAAUGUGUAAAGAUGCAUGAUUUAGUUCAUGAAGUAGCCUUAUUAAUAGGAGAAAAGGAUGUUCAAUCUGUCAUUGAAUCUAAACAGCCUAAAAAGGGCUUGCAAUGUUUAUUUUGGAAAAGCAAUUCUUUUCCAAGAUACUUUGAUGGUAGAAACCUUGAGGUUUUACUUUGGGUUCUAGAUGACUUAGAGGAUUUGGAAGUCCACGAUACAUUCUUCACAGAGAUGAAAAAGCUCAAAGUUUGGUUUCUAUGGAGUGAAGCUCUCUAUCAAAUUUCAGCUCCAUCACUAUUUUCAUCAAUUCAGUCAUUUCAAAAUAUUCAAACUCUCAAGAUAGGAAAUUUUGCAUUAUGCGACAGCAUCUCUAUGUUGGGAAGGUUACCAAAUCUUGAGAGUCUGUGGUUUGAUCAUUGUUUAAUUAUUAAAUCACCUGGAGAAAAUUUUGAGCUAGAGAAGUUGAGAUUCUUAGGGAUAGAAAAUUGUGAUAUCAAUAUGAGUAAUCCUUUUGAACUGAUUGAAGCAUGCCCAAAGCUAGAGGAGCUGACUUUUUUGAGAAAUCUGUAUGAUGAGAAGGAAAUAGAAAAUACAAUUUCUCAUAAAGCAUCUUUUCAUACAUUACAGAUAUACCAAAUAUCUUGUGAUGGUCAGGAUGAAUUUUUAGAUUAUUUUGAGCAAUGUGGUCCCCUGUCAAGAUGCUUUAAGCCAAGACAUUUAAGGCAUUUAAUCUUUGAGGCAACAUUCAAGCAACUUGCUAAAACAGCUGAGGUUCUCAUCUUAGAUGGUUAUGGAGAAACAAAACAGAAAAAUCUAAUCCCUGAUAUUGUUCUAGUAAACAACAGAGGCAUGACUAACUUAAUCAUUCUUAAAUUGGAUUUUUGGCAUGACAUGCAAUGUCUUAUUGAUGCUGCGAACAAUCGCUUUGAUGUGAAGAAUGCUUUUUCCAAUUUAGUUGGACUAUAUCUUUCUGAAAUGGGACUAAACAAUAUAUUAUUUAAUGGCCACUAUAACCUUUGUCAUCUCAAGACCUUGAAAUUGAACGGGUGUCCAAACCUGACUUCAAUUUUCCUCCCAUCCACCGCUCAAAGUCUUUCGCAGUUAGAGGAGUUGAAAAUUGAGAGAUGUGAUAAAUUGGAAUGCAUUAUAGAAGAUAAGAGUUCAAGAGGGGAAAUAGUUGGUGGUGAUAGUGACAAUGAUCAAAAGAGCUACGACACAUUGUUUCCAAAAUUUAAAUAUCUUGAAAUCAGGUGGUGUGACAAAUUAGAAAUAAUAUUGCCAAUCCUUCUCAGUGGAUGGCCUCUGGAAAGAAUAACCAUAGUGUGGUGCGAGAAGUUGAAAUAUAUAUUUGAUAAGUUGCAAGAGGUCAAUGAUAUGCUCCCCAACCUGAAAAGCAUGGAACUUUAUGGACUAGCAAGUUUGGUUGGUGUUUUUAGGGAGUAUGAAAAAUCCAUCUCUUCAUCACUGCAACAGCCAGCACCCACACCUCUAAGCACCAAGACAUGUUCUUUUUCUUGGGCUCAAGUAUGUUGUUUUAAAUCAAAGGCCACAGGUGAAGAGGCUGAUGGUGCUGCUUCUACAGGGAGAUUGGUUGACGAAGGAAUUCCACAGGGAUUUCUUGCAUCUAAGAAAUGGAUUGAUACUGCUCCUAUCCUUGUGAGACAACUAGCACUCCAUGUUCGUCAUAUCAAGAAGAUGGAACUUGCAUGUCUCUCUUCAAAUUCGGUAUCAACUUUGUUCACCUUAUCCAUGGCAUCAGUGAUAUCAUGGGAAGAUUUGACAAUCAUAGGUUAUGAUGGGCUGAACCAAUUGGUGACAAGCGAGGAUGAUGAUUAUAAAGAUCAAAUCACUUGCAGUUCCAUUUUCCCAAAGUUACAGAAACUUCAUAUCUCAGAGUGCAAGGACUUGGAAUUUUUAUUUCUGUCUACAAUAUCUAUAGAAAUCAAGAAUUUAAAGUCCUUGACUAUCAAGCAUGCUCCUCAGCUAACAUAUGUUAUUGAAAAGUACCAGCAUCAGCAUUGUUUAUCCAAUCAAAAUCAGAAUGAUGAGUUGCACUUUGGUCUCCCUGCUUUGGAGGCCCUCUGUUUUGAAGACGUACCAAAAUUCAUCAGCAUUGGUCCCAUGAAUUAUAAAACGAUGUCACCAUCUCUACCACAUGUUUGUUCAGACAAAGCACAACUGAAUUUGAAUACCACAAAGGAAUUAGAUGCAUGCACAGAAGGAGUUCCUCCUUUCCUUGCAGCUCGAAGCCUUUUGGUGCAAUCAUUGAAGAAUUUAAGGGGAAUAAAACUUGAGAGAUGUGGGAACUUAAUAUCACUGUCAACUCUCUCCAUUGCGGCCUCGACAAUUUCGUUGGAAAGUUUGUCAAUCGCUAAAUGUCAUAAACUGAAGUGCAUCACAACACAUGAGGGAGAUGCUCAAGUUGAUAAUAAUAAUUACUCUUCCAUUUUCCCAGCACUAAAGAAUCUGGUAAUCGAUGAUUGCAAGGAAUUGGAAUUUGUAUUUCAAUCAUCAAUAUCUGGUGGUCUUCAAAAAUUGAAGUAUUUGACUAUUAGGAAAGUUCCUGAACUAAACUAUGUUGUUGGGAACUACCAGCAAGAUCAGCAAAAUGAAGAGCAGCAUUUCGAGCUCCCUGCUUUGGAGACCCUCUCCAUCAAAGCUGUGCCAAAGAUCAAAAGCAUUUGCGCCAAGAAUUAUAAGAUGGAUCUGUCAUCUCUUCAGAAUGUUGUGAUGUGGAAUUGCGGCAUUAAAUCUUUCGAUGAUUCUGACAUCGUGAAUCUGACAACCACAGAGGAAUUAAAUUCAUCUACAGGUAGAGUUCCUCCUUUCCAUGCAUCUCAAAUCUUGUUGGCGCAAUCAUUGGAGAAUGUUAGAAAAGUAAAACUAUGCGGAUGUUGCAACCUAAUAUCUUUGUCAACUCUAUCCCUUGCCUCAACAAUUUUGUUGGAAGAUUUGACAAUUAUAGAAUGUCAUAAACUGAAGUGCAUUGUAGAAGAUGAGGCAGAUGCUGGAACUCACAUGAACUACAAUUAUUCCAUUUUUCCAAAGUUGAAAAUGUUACGAGUUUCAGACUGCACCGCAUUGGAAUAUUUACUCCCAGCAUAUGCUUUCAGAUGCCCUGCAUAUUUGGAGUCUUUGGAGAUCGAUGGGGCUCCUUUGUUGAAAUAUGUAUUUGGAAGAAGCCAACAUGAAGACAAUAUAACUCAUCAUAAUGGGAGUAUCAAAAUUCACAUGGACUUCCCUACUUUGAAAGAUCUUUCAAUUAUGAAAGUGCCAGAACUCAUUAGCAUUUGCCCCGAAAACUACUAUUUGAGAGGGUUAUCUCCAGUGUCAUCUAUUGUUUUGGAUGCGUUUUCAGAGUUUAUAAGACCUUUCAAAGAAUUUUUAUUUUGUUGGCAUGCAAAACAACAGGAAACAAAGGAAAUGGAGACGUGCGGCCAAAUUUCAAAAACUCUAGUAGUUAGGGACUCCAAAAUAAAAGAAAUUGUUGAUUUGACACAAGUGAACACAGAACAAAAUGGGGAUGGACUUGAACGAUUGACAUCAAGUUUGCAAAAGUUGGAGUUGCAAAAUUUAAGUGAAUUGGUGAAUAUAUGUGUGGGGCCUAAACAUAUUAUAUACUUCCAUAGUCUUCAGGAGCUAUCCAUUCGUGGAUGCAAAAAGCUCAAAGUUAUCUUCCCUGCAUGUAUGGUGAGAAGCCUACCAAUGUUGCAGAAGCUAGGUAUAUCAGAAUGUGAAGAAUUAGUUCACAUUGUUGAAGAAGAUUAUGAAACAAAUGACGAUCAUCAUUUGUGCCAUGAAGCAUGCUUUCCCGACUUAGAACAAGUCUCUGUCAAUGAUUGUGACAAAUUGAGGUACUUGUUCUCUAUCACUAUUUCUGGUAUCCUUCCAAAACUAGGAUCUUUGAAGAUAAGUAGAGCCAAUGAACUUGAGCAUGUAAUGGUAAGACAAGGAGAGAUGAAAGAGAUGGCCAUGAAGGAUGUGCUUCCACAACUAAGUCAAUUGGAGCUCAUAGAUCUUCCCAACCUUGGUAGUCUCUGCUAUGGGAUAGAUUUUCAAACUUUGAAAGGAGAUGAUAACACAAAAAUGGAUGAUUGUCCCAAUUUUUCUUUUUAUGAAAUUUCAUCUGUCCGGCUUCAAGUAGGCAUUGAAACAAUAUGUUCUCAAGUUGAAGAAAAAGCAGAAGAAAAGUUUUCUUCUCAUCUCAAUACCGAACAAUCUUUAAAUACGGGAGAAGCAACACAACAAUCCCUCACUGAGGUAUGA